CAAAGUGACCUGCCAGGCAACAGGGAACGAGUGACGACAACGACGUGCUAACGAGUUAGCCGGCUAGCCACUGCUAUCUGGUGUGUGCGCGGUGGAGGCGAUUUAUAUAUGACAUAGAAUAAUAAUCCAGAAUAUAUUGCAUUUUAUUUUAGGUUAGCCAUCCACGUAAUUUAAUUAUGCCCAGUAAGAAGAAGAAAUACAACGCCAGAUUCCCUCCGGCAAGGAUUAAGAAGAUCAUGCAAACCGAUGAAGAAAUAGGCAAAGUGGCUGCAGCAGUACCUGUUAUUAUUUCGAGAGCCCUGGAGCUUUUUUUGGAAUCGUUGCUGACAAAGGCCUGUCAUGUCACCCAGUCUAGGAAUGCAAAGACAAUGACGACGUCACAUCUAAAACAGUGUAUUGAACUGGAGCAACAGUUCGAUUUCUUGAAAGACCUGGUGGCCACAGUGCCAGACAUGCAGGGCGAGGGGGAAGAGAACCACACCGAGGGGGGAGGAGAAAAAGUCCCUCGCAGGGGUCGAAAACCAGGGUCUGGACGCAAGAACGGAGGAGCCGGCUCCAAAGGCAAGGACAAGAAGUUGUCUGGCACAGAGUCAGAGCAAGAGGAUGACUCUGAAGACAGUGAGACAGAAGGGGACGAAGAGGACGGUUCUCAGUCAAGCACAAAUCUACAGGCUGCGUCCAGGUUCCACAGCUCAAACGCACCCCCCCAGUACAUGCACAUGGGCAACAUGGUCUCAAUGGGCAGCAUGGCUCCAGCACAGCCUCAGGGCGGCAUGGCCUUCGCCCCCCACCCCUCCAUGAUGAGCGUCGCACCACCUCCCCCAGCCCCCGCGCCGCACAAAAACGAGAACGACGACGAUGAAGACUAUGACUCUUAGCUCCGUCUUCCCUCCUCCUUCUCCACCGCUCACUCUCUCUCACACACACACACACACAAGAACACACACACUCUUUCAACAUUAUUUUCGAUUUCUUAAGUUGUUCUUGCGGCGGCCGCUCUAAGCAGAGGAGGGAAAGACUCUUCAUCACAGCCCACUGGCAGAAAAAAGCCCUGACAGCCAGCUGUGAGAGACUCCGCCGCAGGAGACAGAAAACAGGUUGUAUAUUAUGUGUUUUAAUUUUCUUUUUUUUUUUCUUUUUUUUUUAAAAAAAAGGUUUUAUUUUAUUGUAGAGGAGAAUCCAAUGAGGAUGUUUUUUAACAAGUCAGUCGUUCUAUUUUGACUAUUAAAAAUGGCAGUUGUCGCUGUUUUUGCCAUGAGCCCCCGCAGACAAGAUAGAUGUGGUUUGUGUUGCCUUGUAGCUUUUUCUUUUGGCACUUUUUUCCUUCCUCAAUUCUCUGUAAUAGACACGAUGAAGUGAACUUCUCAGUCGUCAUGUAAACCCUCAGGUUGGCAGAAAAAGUGGUAGUUAAAGCCUUAUUACAGCCUUUGAUGCUCAUGAAAAAGGCAGUUAAUUGAGAUGAGUUCAGGGCAACAACUUGUGGAGUACCUGGAAGGUGAUCGGCACUUGUCUAAGGGAAAAGGAGGUCACUCUCUCACCCAUGAAGUGUUAUAUUACUACGUUAGCGAUUGACUAUGAAUUACUGCUGUUAAGAUAUGAGCCCUUACUUCUGGGUUUUCCCACAACUCGCUAGUCGGUUCAGUGGUCAGGCUGUAACAUAAACAAGGAAGCAGGUGUAUUUUUACUAUAGGUUAGCUAGCCACAGCUUUUUUGAAUUAGUUUCUAUUUUUAAUUCACAUUUUUUAUCAAGAGAACUGUAAAACCUCCAUGACCAGUCCUGAAGACAACCAUAUCAGUAGGUUAAUGAUUUACAUUGUGUUGUUAUUUUUGAUGCUGUCAGGCAUUUAGACCUACUAUAUUAUUUUAUACCACCAUUAAAUUCCCCUGAUUUGCCCAUCAGACGUUUACCGUGACUCUCGCACCAUGACUUUGUUUUUAAAGUUGUUCGUCCCCUAUGAUUUCUCUUCUGGCCACCCUCUCCAAUUUUGAGUAACUUUCUCCUUUAUCUUAGAUUGUUUUAGAUGUAUCAAUUUAAAGCAGAAAUGGGGCUCCCAUUUAUAUGUCAGUCUCAGUAUGAAAUGUUUCCACAUAGACAGUUGACACUGUAUUGUAAACUUUUAACAUUCUUUUUAUUUUGUAUGGGUGAAAUAAAGUUCAUAUUUCAAUUAAAAAAAGCAACCCUU